CGCUGGACGUUUUGACCUUCCCUCUCUCUCGGUUGCAGCACAAAUCUCCACAUUUUAACAAUGUCCAGUGGAGGUGUCACCGUCAAGGACGUUAGCGCCCACGACUUUGUCAAGGCCUACGCUGCCUAUCUCAAGCGGACAGGAAAGCUGGAGGUGCCAAAAUGGGUUGACCUUGUCAAGACCGGCACAUACAAGGAACUCGCUCCUUACGACCAGGACUGGUACUACAUCCGUGCUGCCUCGGUUGCUCGUCACGUCUACCUCCGCAACGGUGUCGGUGUCGGUGGAUUGAAGAAGAACUACGGUGGUCGUCAGAACCGUGGUAACCGUCCUCACCACCACUCUAGCAGCUCUGGAUCAAUUGCUCGCAAGGUCAUGCAGUCUCUUGAGAAGAUCAAGGUGCUCGAGAAGGACCCCAACGGUGGUCGUCGUAUCUCCCAGGAUGGUCAGAAGGAUUUGGACCGUAUCGCUGCUCAGAUCAUCCGCGCCACCCAGGCUUAAGCGUCCAUUUCUUACCUGUUUAGAUGCGCCGGUGCGGUGGGGUACGGUGCUGCUCUGUCUGCUCAAUGUAAUUUGUUGUACAAUAUUAUUUUAAUGGGGUUUCAGCCAUUAAGUUGAGUUUUGCGCAAUGACGGAGUGUGCAUGGAAUGAAUGUGAUAUUAUCAAUACUAGUGUAAAAUGCACUCGACUUGAUUUUAUGCAAAGGGCCUUGGGUGGAAGGAGGCAUAGGGCCAAGAUUAUCUCACUACCCGCAAACAUGCGGUACAAUAACAUCGACCGUCCUUCUCCUUC